AUGUUGUCUAAUCGAGAAUGGAUGUACACAAAAAGACUUAUUGAUGGUAUAUUUAAUCCGGAAUGGCCACAAUAUGUCAAACAUUUCUUGGAAUUUGCUUAUGCGAAUGCAACGAACAUCCAAUGUACUAUUAACAACGGGGAGGAGAUUUUUGAAAUUCGAUGUCCGUGUACGAAAUGCAAAAAUCGUUUAUACAAAGUGAGAACAUUGAUUAGAAACCAUCUUAUUGACCGUGGAUUCAUGAAAAAUUAUUCGCUAUGGCAUGCACAUGGCGAAUUAUAUCCAACACAAGAGAUGCGCCAAUGUUCAAACCCAAUAGCAACUCAACACGAAGGUCAAUGUUCAAAUACUGAAACGGCUCCAGACAUGGAUUAUCGUAGAUAUGAGGAGAUGGUUAUCGAAACCAUGCACCAACCUAAGGCUUUCUAUUAUCAGCAAACACCACAACAACCAAAUCUUGAAGCCCAAAAAUUCUAUAAAAUCUUGAAACAAGCGAGUGAGCCUUUAUGGGACGGGUGUACAAACGCUUCCACACUCUCCACCACCACCAGAUUAUUGGACUGGAAAUCACAAUCUAAUGUUUCAGACACGUCAUUUAAUAAUCUACUUUCGAUAGUUAAAGACAUUCUACCACCUAGCGAAAAGCUUCCCGACAACAUCUAUGAGACCAAGAAAAUGUUUAAGCUACUACAGUUGCCGUCACAACGGAUUCAUAUACAAGGAAAGAGGGAAGAAUGUUCCAAAUUUGGUGUUAACAUACAUCCCGGUGCUAAUGGGAAGACUGGGAGGCACACAGGUGGGAGCAUUGGAAAUACUGACCAUCGCAGGAAACUGGAUUCAUAUAUGAGGGGACUGAGUGAGAAAUAUGGAGAUGAUCCCACAAAGCAUGUGCACGAUGUUGAUGUAUGGAACAUGUCACAGUUGCAGAGACAGAAAGGGACCCACAAGGGUCGUAUGUAUGGGAUUGGGACUGCCGAUAGUCAGUUUUUGUUUACGGGGUUACUAUCUGUGGGGGGUGACAGCUCACAUUAUGUGCAAAAUGAAGAGGUAGAAAGAUUGCGCAAUGAAAUGGAUAGCAUGCGGGAAGCUGAAGCACAAAGGGAAGCACGAGACACACAAAGGGAAUUGGAAAUGGAGGAGAUGCAAAAAAAGCAUGCCUUGCUUGAAGCACAAAUGACGGAUUUUUUCAAGCAAAACAAUUUCUCCGGAAAUCCACCACAAAGAAAUUAGUUUAUGUUUCUAAUCUAAAAUAUUGGUAAUCAUAUUUUGUGACACUUUUUAGUUAUG